AUGGUUGACCAAACAAAAGUCGAGAAUAUUAUAGGCUACAAGUUCUCUAAUAGCGAUUUGCUAACGGAGGCUUUGGAGGCAUCCGGUCGCGCGUACACGCAUGACACGGAAGGCGGAGCGGACGGUAACAAAAGAUUAGCUCUCGUCGGCGACGCCAUUCUAACUUUAAUUCAAUUGGAUCAGUGGUACCCAUCAAGCGAUAGCCGAGGUCUGCGAGCUGCUUGUUUCGUAUCUGUGUCCGAGGGUAUUGCAAUGGUUGCUAAUUGGACCGUCGUCUUUCAGAGACCGCAAAUAAUGCACGAAAGAAAUACACAUCAAACAUAA